GUUGGAGCAGGGAAACACGUAAAACAUGAAGGGCUGUGGCCCUCGAGGACUAUGAUUGCCCACCGCUGAGUUGGGCAACCGUAAUAAGAGAAGUUGCAGUUAGAUUUCGGUGUUUAAACUUUUAUUCAAAAUUCUUAUUUUCAGAUGUUUUUAUUAUUUGUUUAAAAAACUGGCAGUAAAGGGCAUUUUUCAGUAUUUGGAGCAUCUGUAGCAUUGCAUGCAGUUUGUUGUUUCACUGCUACUACUGCAGCUGUGUCGAGUUGCACUUUUAUUAAUAAAACUGUUAUGUUGGAAUGGAAAUGAUGUCUUAGUUGUUUUCUACUCCAAACCAAUGCUGCACAGUAUUUUUUUCAUUUAUAGCAAGUCAUAUCAUAAUUGCAAUAUAAAGCACAGUUAUUGCACAUUGCAGGUUUUCCUAAUAUAUAAUAAUAAUAAAUGCAGCCCUAGUCUGAAAUGGGUGCACACAAUAAAGCCUCGGAACAAAGGCUGGACUGUUAUUGCAUAAUGCAUUGGGACACCCUGAACACAGUGUACCCAAGGCAAGUAAGGUGCUGAGUAUAUAGACAAACCCAGAUAUAACACUUAAUGGGGCGUUACCAUGGCAGGACUAAGCACGGAGAAGUAUAAAAAGAGGAAAGGUCAUUAAACGCACCUCACUCUUUGGCAGACACAGUGAAGCAGACAGGCUGCAGUUUGGAGCAGAACAAUGAAGCUGUUGAUCUUGGCUUUAACCGUCGCCUUGCUGUUUACAGCCGGCGAGGCCUUGACUUGUCAUCGCUGUGUGCCCAGAAGGGCUGGAGAAAACUGUGAGCUCAGCGUGGAGACGUGUAAACCCGGGAAGGAUGCAUGCGGUGCAGCCAGUUUCCUCAGGGAACCAUAUGGACACUACCAGAAGUGCAUGGCUCUGUCUGACUGCAAACUGCUGAAGAUGAAUGCUUACAUCAACAUGAAGUGCUGUGUGGAAGACAUGUGCAACACCUUAGAAAACUGAUCAACGUACAGAAAAAAAAAAAAAAGCCUGACCCUCAAAAGUCCCACUGGUCCCAGGCCUCAACAUAAAAACUAUUUUAGACAAAAAAAACCUCAAUGAGCACUUUUUCCAUAUGAAUAAAAGUUUUGAAAAAAAUAAAA